AUGAGAGGAUGUUUCGCUGAUGAAGGAUGUGAUGGGCGGGGCAUGAGGCAAACGCAGCGCAGUGCUCUGCUGACAUUGCGCAGCACAAUUAACGAUCACCGUUGCCAAUCGUUUUCCCUAAUGAUCGGCUGUCGCGGCGGCUGUGCAUUGCUAUUCAUCGUGGACGCCCAGGAUGAAUAUGUGGAUUCACUGAAGAAAAUGUCUGAGAAUUUCACCCAUGCGUUCCGAAUUAACCCAAAUAUAAAGUUCGAGGUUUUUAUACACAAGGCUGAUGGAUUAACUGAAGAAAGCCGCGUUGAUGCCCAGUAUGACAUCUAUCAUAGGGUGAAAUGUGAACUAGCUGAGCAAGGGUUAGAAGACUUCAAUGUAACAUUCCACCUCACCUCUAUUUACGACCACUCAAUUUUUGAAGCCUUCUCCAAAGUAGUUCAGAAUCUUGUCAAACGUCUUCCUACACUGGAACGAUUGCUUGACAUUUUCAAUCAGGGUUCGAAUGUGGAAAAAUCCUUCCUAUUUGAUGUAGCUUCUAAAAUUUACAUAGCAACCGAUACGACUCCUGUUGAGAUGGCUGCAUAUGAACUUUGCUGCGACAUGAUUGACGUUACAAUCGACAUAUCUGGAAUCUACGGAGCGAAGGAGGACGAUGGCGAUAUACAGAGCCCUUUCGAUGACAAUUCAUACGCUGUUAUACGUCUAAAAACUGACCAGGUGAUGUUUCUUCGUCAACUCAACAAACACCUCGCUCUCGUUUGUGUUAUACGAGGUGAGAAUUUCGAGAAACAAGGCCUAAUUGACUACAAUUUCAGUUGUUUCAAAGAGGGCAUUGAAAAUGUGUUCAUGGUGCAGAAGCGGAUUAUGGAGGAAUCAAAAGAUAUAUGUUCAUAG